UUUUUUUUUCAUCUUUCUGAAAGAGAGAGACAAGAAAUCGGUUCUUUGUCUUCUUACUUCUGGUAAUGCCAAGCCUUGAUAAAAUAAAUCAGAGCCCAAGUGUCAGUUUUGCUCCAUAGCCGUUUCACAGCCAAAUACGGAGACAAAAUAGCCAUGAAAUAAGUAUUAGUGAUUUUAUAGAAGAAAAGACAACGACGACAGCUUUUUUCUGUAUUGUUUUCGUUUAGUGUUUUUGGUUUUGCAGAUCAUUUCAAUCAAAGAAUUUCAGUUCAAAAAUGUCUUCUGAUCUUUAUGUUUUUGAUAAUUCCUUUUUCCGCCAACAUUCAAGCCCAGAGAUGGUCUCUUCUGAUGCUGCAGACCUCAACUUUUCUGCUGAGCCUUUCUCUCCUUUUUGUGAUUCUUCUCUUGAUUUUCUUCAAGCAAUUUCGAGCUCAAACAGCACCACAAUAAUCAACCCAAAUCAUCCGGUUGAUGAGUCUUCUUCUAUCGACCAAUUUGCACAUACUCUUCUGUCUUGUUCACCGCCAAGUCACCUUCUUGAAAAUCUUAGCCUUUGUCAAUCUACUCAUUUGCAGCAGCCGCUUGCAAAUGGGUACCAUGAUUUCUCUAGUUUAGAUGCCUUGGAAGUCAAAAGCGAGGAGUCUCUGGUAGGUUUUGAUUCUUCUUAUAAUCAUCAUCAUCAUCAACAACAACGACAACAACAGCCCUUUGCUUCUCACAGUUAUAGUGGUGUUGAAAAUGUAGCAAAGUAUAUGCAGAGGAGUUACAGUAGCAAUUCUUUUGAUAAUAAGCCUGGUUUUCUCUUUCAACCCCGCUUUGAUACGCUCAUGGAGUCUCCAAAUUUUCACAACCAAGCUCUGAGUUCGCCAGAAAGCAAUUUUUUCAGUGGGCAAAUGAGGAGGGUUUGCAGUACUGGAGAUUUACAAAAUAUAAGAACAGCGCAUAAAACACAGAGGUCUCUUUCAAGUCAUUUGGCAACAGAGAGCUCUUUCACCGAGGAAGCGAACUUCAAAGUCGGGCGUUACAGUGCUGAAGAAAGAAAAGAAAGGAUUCUGAAGUAUAGAGCUAAACGUAAUCAGAGAAACUUCAACAAGACGAUUAAGUAUGCAUGCCGCAAAACGCUAGCAGACAACCGCCCACGCAUACGUGGCAGAUUCGCACGCAACGACGAAACUGGAGAGACUCCCAAAGCUGCAUGUGCAGCCAGAGAUGCAGACGAAGACGAGCUCUGGCUUGAUGGGCUGCAUGAAGAAGACGAUCAUGGGGCAAUGAGAGGAGCAGCUUUUGUGAGCAGUUAUGGGCAACACCAGCAGCUCCAGUAUUAUGGCGGCUUUUGAGAAGAAAAAUUGGUUAAGCUUUUUCAUUAGGAUGAAUGUUUAGGUCAACAGAAGAUCGACAAACACAAAUGCCCUUUUGAGCAAAAGCAAAUUCAGAAGGCUUUUUCAAUAAGUGAUUUCAGAUGUGUAGUUUAGGAUUAGCAGCUUUUUCUCAGUUGUCUUUCUGUAUAUUGAAUAUUAUAAUAUAUCAGAAUUCUCAAUGCCAAUAAUAAUGACAAGCCUUUUGACCUUUUGGCUA